UACUUCGUCACAUAUAUAGUCAGGCAACGUUCCGUCAUCUAUUCACUACUUUUAUUUACGUGUUACUGUGCGUUAUUGUGUUCGCUACUUUGUACGUGGUCCAUUAUGACUGAAUCCGAAGCUCAAGAAACAUCUGCCGCCCCUGCACCGGCUUCCGCUACCCCAGCGAAAAAGAAGAAGUCUACUGCAGCUGCGAAGCCGAAAUCUGGUUCCAAAAAGGCAUCGCCUUCUCAUCCACCGACCGCUUCGAUGGUAAACAAUGCCAUCAAAAGUUUGAAAGAACGAGGUGGUUCGUCGUUACAAGCCAUCAAGAAGUACAUCACCGCUACUUACAAAAUCGAUGCUGAGAAAUUAGCUCCUUUCAUCAAAAAGUAUUUGAAAACCGCCGUCGAAAAAGGUACCUUGGUUCGCACGAAAGGUAAAGGCGCUUCUGGCUCUUUCAAAUUGGCUGCUACCGCCAAGAGCGAAGCUCCCAAGAAGAAGAAGGCUGCCCCUAAGAAGAAGAAACCAGCAGCAGAAAAGAAGGAAAAGAAAGCCGCGGAGCCUAAGAAACCAAAGGCCGCUGCCAAGAAACCAGCCGCUGCUAAAAAAGCACCAGCUAAACCGAAAGCCGCCAAGCCGAAACCAGCUGCUGCCAAAAAGGCACCGAAAUCUCCGAAAGCGAAGAAACCCGCCAAAGCCCCAGCUGCCAAGAAACCAAAAUCCCCCAAACCGAAGAAGGCCGCAGUCAAGAAAACCGUGACCAAAAAAGCUGCACCCAAGAAGUAAAUCAACUAAAUUGACUGGAAGUUGUACUUAAAACGGCCCUUUUCAGGGCCACCAUUUCUAUUUCUUCUACAAUAUUGAUACACGGAGUGUUCUUUCGAUAAUUUGAAGUUGAACUUGUCGAAUUUAUGCAUUUCGAAUUCGAAAUGUAGAUAAUACCUACAUUGUUCGAACUCGUCAUUCAAGGUGAACGUGGUAAUGAUCUGAAAUGCAUCGAAUCGAUUGGUUUGAUCGAGGAAAGUGGAUUAAAUGAAAAUCAAAAAAUCGCAAUUUCAAAGUUUUAUUUGGUACCUAUAUUAUCUAUUAACUACCUUGAUCCUUGAUAAUGUUUACUGAUUAAAAACGAAAAAGUAUCGAUACUUCUGGCAAA